AUGAUGUUGUCAGGAUACACUACAUAUGUAGCGUACCUUGUCUUUCGAACUACUAGCAAUUCCCAAGGACUUUCUGUCCCCGCUAAAAUAAUAGUAAACUUUUGUGGGCUAAAAAUGGAGACCGAAAAUGUGUAUCUUCAAAGACCAAAGGCUAGUGAAAUAUGGCAAGAAAAUGAUAGGUUUCCUCAUAGGAGAAAAGAUGGGUGGAUGGAGAUCAAGUUGGGAGAAUUUAUUAAUAACAAUGAAGGAGAUAUUGGUGAGGUUGAGAUGGCUUUUGACGAGGUUAAACAUUUAAAUUGGAAGCGUGGUAUUAUCGUGGAAGGCAUUGAGAUUCACCCUAAAUCCACAUUUACUGAUCAACAUUCGCCAUUUGAAAACUACACAUACACACACAAACAUAGGGAGAAUGAGAUGAUCAAGGAAGUAGCCAGUCGGUUGAAAUUGCCAGAACCUCGUCAGCCAUCAGAAUUGCUAGAACGUCGUCAGCCGGGCAUACUUUCACUAACUUUUCUACAAAAAAUAUUACAGAGAUGUACGAAACCAAACAAAAUAAGAAAUUGA